AAGAUUAUUAAUAUAUAUAAUGAAUUAACAUGUGUAUCUUAAAAUUAUCAUUAUUAAAAUAUUUUAUAUAUUUAUUUUUGUUCGCACACGAGCCCGAGAGUUCUCCAGUCUUUCAGUUUUCAAAAUGGCGGCGAGUUCCCCGGUUGCACGUGUGCAAAUUGACGGCUUGGUUGUAUUGAAAAUUGUCAAACACUGUCAGGAAGAGAGUACUGGAGGCAGUGAAUUGGUGCAAGGUGUAUUAUUAGGGCUUGUAGUUGACAAUACAUUAGAAAUUACAAACUGUUUUCCGUUUCCACGGCAUACUGAUGAUGAAGACUUUGAUGAAGUACAAUAUCAAAUGGAAAUGAUGCGGAAUCUACGCCAUGUGAAUAUUGAUCAUCUCCAUGUUGGGUGGUAUCAGUCAACGUACUACGGGGCUUUUAUGAAUAAAGCGUUAUUAGAUUCGCAGUUUAAUUAUCAACACUCGAUCGAAGAAUCAGUUGUUCUCAUCUAUGAUCCAAUAAAAACAACACGAGGCACACUGUGUUUAAAAGCUUACAGACUUACACCACAGUUAAUGCACAUGUACAAAGAAGGGGACUUCACUCCAGAAAGUAUAAAGAAAUCAUCUCUCAGUUAUGAACAGAUGUUUGAAGAAAUUCCUAUUGUAAUUAAAAAUUCUCAUCUAAUUAAUACAUUAUUAUGUGAAAUUGAAAAUAAAUCACCACCAAAAGAAGGAAAUUUCUUGAACCUAGCAACAGGGUCUGUGCUUAAGAAGAAUCUUCGUUUGUUGAUGGACAGUGUUGAUGAGCUGAAUCAAGAUACAAACAAAUUCAUAAAUUAUCAGAGAAAUGUUGGUAAACAACAACAAGCCAAACAACAAUACCUGUACAAGAGAACACAAGAAAACAUGGCAUUACAAGGAAGAGGGGAAGCUCCCCUUCCAGAAGAAGAUCUCAGCAAGAUUUUCAAACCUAUCACAGUGCCAAGUAGACUAGAUAGCUUACUGGUAGCUGGACAAAUCAAACAUCAUACUGACCUUGUCAAUCAAUUUGCUUCUCAAAGUUUUGGGAAAUUAUUUAUGUGUGAAGCUUUGCAGCCCAAGCAAGAAUAAUCUUGUUAGAUGUUCACAUUCAUUGUCAAAUUAUGUAGUCAUGUUGUCUUCACAGACUAUUUAGAAUGACAGCCCCCACAUGGUAUUUCUGUCUGAGUAGGUCAUCAAAUCCACCAUUUUAUUCAAAAUGCUUGGUAGCUAGUCCUCAUAAUCAUGACUGAAGAUUGUCAAGACCAGCACAAGAAGUAAUUUCGAUGCCUCAAAUAAAAAAAAGCAACAUUUAAAGUGAUUGCACACAACUGGCUUCUUGAAUGAUGAUGGUUGCCCCACUAUAUGGCUUGUCAAUGUUUAAUUUGAAAUAUCAUGAAAUCCUGAAUAUACAUUACUUGUUUACAUAGAAUUCAAACACAUGCACUGCACAGUGACUGUAGCACGUUAGUGUCUUGUAUAUCAUCCACUACUUCAAAUUUUUGACAAGUUAUUGACAUUAUCAAACACAAUGGCAAAUACUGGUACACGAGAAUCCUGGAAAUGAUCUGUAUUAUCGUUAAAAGCAGCAAUCUUUUUAUGCAUUUCUCCUUUCAACUGAGAUCUAAAAAGACUGUGUAUUGAAAUAAGUAGGUAUUUAUGUACAGUAAUUGUAUUUCAUCUAAUCUUUAAAGCCAUGAAACAAACUUGUAAUAAAAUUGGUCAACACUUUCAU